AUGAUGGCCAACUGGACCCGAGAGCCUUAUUUCAAUGCAAGGCUUGCAGAUGCAGGAAUGCCUCACAAUUUAGGCUGGAAUGUGCCUCCUGAAGAGUUGGUCCACAUUCCUGAACAUUGGUUGAUGUAUCAAGAGCCUGAUAAGAGUAUGCAUUUGCUUUUGGGAAUGGUUUAUGUGUUUUUCUUUAUGGCUUCUAUAAUAGGAAAUGGGAUUGUUUUAUGGGUUUUUACUACAGCAAAAUCAUUACGAACAGCUUCAAAUAUGUUUGUAGUAAACUUGGCCUUUUGCGACUUUAUUAUGAUGCUUAAAUCGCCAGUUUUCCUAUAUAACUCUUUUCAUUAUGGGUUUGCGAUGGGGCAUUUUGGGUGUCAAAUAUUUGCUGGAAUGGGUGCUAUGUCAGGUAUUGGGGCUGGUAUGACUAACGCUGCCAUAGCUUAUGACCGAUAUACCACAAUUACUAGACCGUUUGAUGGGAAACUUACCAGAACUAAAGCACUGCUUAUGAUUUUGUUUAUUUGGUUUUAUGCCACGCCUUGGACUGUGAUGCCUCUGCUGGAAGUUUGGGGCAGAUUUGCACCUGAAGGUUACCUAACUGCGUGUACUUUUGAUUAUUUAACCAGGAGUUUUGAUAAUAGAUUGUUUGUGGGGACUAUUUUUACGUUUAGCUACGUUUUUCCAAUGCUAAUGAUUAUUUACUUUUAUAGUCAAAUUGUUAGUAAGGUUUUCAGUCAUGAGAAAACUUUAAGAGAACAGGCCAAAAAAAUGAAUGUGGAAUCAUUAAGGGCCAAUCAAUCGCAAAACAGUGAAUCAGCGGAGCUACGGAUAGCUAAAGCAGCGAUCACAAUAACGUUUUUGUUUGUGGUUUCUUGGACUCCGUACGCUGUUUUGGCUUUAAUUGGUGCUUUUGGAGAUCAAUCGUUGCUCACUCCAGGAGUUUCGAUGAUUCCGGCUUUGAAUUGUAAACUAGUAGCGUGUAUCGACCCUUACAUUUACGCCAUCAGUCAUCCCAAGUUUAGGAUUGAAUUGCAAAAACGCCUACCUUGGCUGGCGAUCAAAGAAAAAGAAGUGAGCGACGCUCAAAGUACCACUUCCGAGCAAACGGCGGUACCACAACAAACUCAAGCUUAA